AUGGAAAUCGAUCGGACUAAAUCUGCGGGUGAUGACGACGACGACGACGCGGUCACAAUUGGCGAGGCUUUGGAAGCGACAGCCCUCUCCGCGGGAAACAAGGUGAUUGACAAGAGUGACGUUGCCGCGAUACAAGCGGCAGAGGAUCGCGCGACCGGGCUCGGCCACCUUGUGCCUGGUGGCAUCGGCGCAGAAGCCGAAUCUGCGGCCGCACACAACAUGAAGGCCACGAGGGAUGAUGAGAAGACCACGCUUGCCGACGUUUUGACCGAUGCUAGUGAGAAAUUGGUGGCCGAUAAGGCGGUGACGAGGGAAGAUGCGCAGAGGGUGAUGUAUGCGGAGCUGAGGAACAACGAUGAUCAACCCACGAACCCGGGUGGUGUAGCUGCUAACGUUGCGGCCGCGGCCAUGCUUAAUCAGAAGUGA